AGACAAGGUUCAUAUUUGUGUGGGUUACUUAUUCUCUCUUUGUUGACUAAGUCAAUAAUCAGAAUCAGCAGGUUUGGAGUCAGAUUGGCAGGGAUAAUGAAGUGUGGCUCAGGAGAAGUGAGUAUAAAAGCCCCAAGCUGGGAGCAGCCCUCACAGACGUCCGCUAGUUCGUGGCAAGAUGGCUUCCCAUGGUCUGCUCCUCCUUUGCCUUGCUGGACUGGUGUUUGUGUCUGAGGCUGGCCCUGCGGGCGCUGGUGAAUCCAAGUGUCCUCUGAUGGUCAAAGUCCUAGACGCCGUCAGAGGCAGUCCUGCCACCAACGUGGCUGUGAAAGUGUUCAGAAGGGCUGCUGAUGAGACGUGGGAGCCAUUCGCCUCUGGGAAAACCAGCGAGACUGGAGAGCUCCAUGGGCUCACAACUGUUGAGAAAUUUGUAGAAGGGGUAUACAAAGUGGAAUUAGACACCAAAUCCUACUGGAAGGGAGUUGGCAUCUCCCCAUUCCAUGAAUAUGCAGAGGUGGUGUUCACCGCAAAUGACUCCGGCCUCCGCCGCUACACCAUCGCCGCCCUGCUCAGCCCGUACUCCUAUUCCACCACGGCCGUGGUCACCAGCCCCGAGCAAUGAGGGACUUCUCCUCCAGUGGAUCUGAAGCAGGGGGGACAGGAUUCCACGUAACCAAUUUUUACUAAAGCAGUGUUUUCACUUCAUAAGCUAUGUUAGAAACUCGGGCAGAGACAAUAAAACAUUCCUGUGAAAAGCA